AUGCAAGACGAAAGUACGGACCAUGAUGCGUUUAUCGCAGAGGAGCCUAGAGGCGAUAAUGUAGGUUCAGACGCUGGACAAAAGCAUGGGAAGUCCAAGUCGAAGUCGACAACACGGAAGAACGAGUCUUUCAAGAAACUCGAGCGCCAUACCUUGUCAUUAUGGCUAGCAUCUGCAUUCGCGAUUGUAUCUAUCUUCACUUGGGCAAUAACUUGCACAUUAUCAUACAAGCCUGUUCGAUUCGAAACGUAUCAUGAUUCAAUUGGUCGAUUUUCCAAGGGCCAAUUCGAGGAGAAUGACCGGUGGCGAAGAGUUUCGAGAGUUGGGCUGCAGGUCUUGGGGACUCUCAGUAUACCGCUGACAUCUGCCGUGUGUGCAAGAGCAGUCGUUGUGUAUUGUCAACGAUCGUCGACUAAAAGGCAGCCUACUAUCUCUAUGCGCCAGACGCUCGUGUUGGCUGACAAAGGUUGGUUGGAUCUAGACACAUGGGUGAACCUUUUUGGUCCCACGGGUGGAAGAUAUUACAGCCCACCUUUGGUCUUGUCGAUGUUGCUAUGUGGGUUGGGUAUAGCUACUCCCUCCUUGAAAAUUGAAGAUAGUUCUGAUCUUUCUUCAGCAUUCUCCAUAUCUAUACUUCAAGGAGCUUUCAUCGAUACCGUUUCAAUCACAGUCAUGACCAAUGCAGACACAAAUGAUUACAACUACACCAAUAAAAAUCCAGUGCCAUACAGCACUGUGGGCACGACCCUUUCGGCGAUAAACGGCGAUAAAGAUUUGUAUCUUCCAAGCGUUGUUGAAGCCACAAUUGCUGGCAAAGCUGGAGAUCUGCAACCCAAUUUAUGGGUCAUCGGUCAAAACCGCUCAAAUCUGACAAGCUUGGACUCUUUCUACUCUUCGCCCGGUGUACACUUCGACCCUAAACCUGAGGGCUAUAACAUACCGCUCCCAGCGGCCAAGAACUGGACUCGAGACAACGGAAGCUCACACAGUAUUACAGAAGAAUUGUACAUAGAUCUCCAGACAUGGGUAACAGCAGCGACGAGUAAAAGCUGGGGUACCGCCUCGGACAUUCCUAUCCGAUACAACUUCACCUUCCAUUGCGUUGCAGACUCAAAUCUAGCAUACUUCGAACCCAUGAAUGAAUGGAAGGGGCAUCAAGUCCAGGACAAAGUCGACAUCAAUGCAAAGUACAAUCCGCACUUCACUGGCCCAAACACGCCACUAAAUCCCCACGAACUGAUCUACUCACCCGCCGCGCCAGGACCACUCGCAACUUCUGUUCGCGCUCUAUUCGGUAACAACACGUUCUUCAACAGCAUCAUCAACGCAAAUGAUACCCGAGGCGCCAACCUCGACGUCUGCCGCGCCCUCCGCAUACCGCUGACUGGGCUGUGCAGCACGCGCGGCUCCGACAACUUGAUGUGCAACCCGUUCAAGUCCCAAUCUGGCUCAACGCUCCCAUGCAUCAGACCAGACGCUUUGAGUACCCCGGGGGAGACCGAAGACCAGUGGCCUUCUGACUACGGACUCUCGAACGCGACAGCCUCGGACGGGACACUCGCAUAUUUCCUCUACAUGUGGUUACAGCGCUUCAACAAUUGGAAUUCCACCAUGGCAGCUCUUACGCUCACGAACUUCUACAGUGCAAGAGCGCUUCUCGACCCUAGUCGAGCGCGAACGUGGUCGACUUUCGAGAACACGACGGUGGGUGAAAGCGGUAAUCCGAUCGCUCUUCCAAUAUUCUCUAGCCCGGGAUUUCGAAGCCAGAAACUCCAUACACCAUUCGCUGCGAUCGUUGUCAUCAGUACGCUUAUCUUUCUACAGAUCACAGGGUUGUUGGCACUAGGGAUAUACACCAGUAUACAACGUACAUGGACGGCAUCAUUAAAUGGAUUCGCACUGCUAAGGAUAGGGAAGUCGAUGGGGGAUGAGCUACCGUUGAUAUCGGCGGCGGAGAAGAAGGAGGCGGAUAUAUUGGAUAGAACGGAGGGUUGGAUUGGUGAUGAGGAUGACGGGGGUGAGGCGGGUGGUAGGCUUUUGCAGAUCGGGGGAAGCGGUCGCUUGAUGCCGAAGCGUCGUUACCGGACCAAGAGGGAACCAGAAACUUGA